AAGUCGACCGUGUUCGUGACCUUCAAAAGUCAACUUCCUCCCACUUUUCUUCGUCACGCCCGUACUUCUUCGUGAUUUCUGCUUUUCAUAAUUCCUUCUACGGCAGACAAUUCCUCCAAUAUCAACCGUGGUGUCAGUCGCGUCCAGGCGCGGUCUGAUAUCACGUUGAAAAGUCUUCCUCUGCUACACAAAACCUUUGGUAGAUGUCUGCCAUGAUGGACUCCACUCCAAGCAAGAUCAAUGCCCAGCCAAGUCUUCCAUCGACUGCAGGUGUAAAGCGUCCAGCACCGACUCUGCUGCCCGCGUUCGAGCCACACUCGUCCUCCCCAGGUUUUCCCCGGCCACAGAAGAGACAAGCUCGAUCUUCCCCGUCCGAACGCGAAAAUGCUUACCAAAAGUACCCCACACCAAUCCCGACCUCUACGACAGGUAUUCUCUCCUCUUCACCGCCGCAAAUCACUACGAGACCUGGGUUGCAAAGAACUCAAUCCUCGGUCUCAGAGCGCGCUCCUCUCUCAGCCGUACCCUCAAUUAUCCUUCCCGAGAAUGGUGAAAUACUUCGCAUGGGUAGAUCGAGCAAUUCUUCACACUACCAAUUAUCUGCCAACCGUCUUAUAUCUCGUGUUCAUGUCGAAGCUCGGUAUAUUGCCGCGACUGUUCCUCUCGAACCCAACAAGGUGGAGAUUAAGUGCAAAGGCUGGAAUGGCGUGAAGCUGCAUAGUCAAGGUCGGACAUGGGAGUUGGCGAAGGAGGACACGUUCACAUCGGAGACUGAAUUUGCUGAGGUUAUGUUGGAUGUGCAAGAUGCUCGGGUCUUGAUCAAAUGGCCGUCCAGAGAUCGGAAGGAUUCGGUUGGAGAGCAGACAGAUUCUUCUUGGGACGAUGAAAACUCGCCAAGUCGUCGUAUAGCUGCUGUUAUCAGUGCUCGUAAGCAAGUGAUGGAGUCAAGCCCGUUGCGUCGCCAUUCAACUCGCAUUACGUCUCCAGUCUCCCCAACUCCGGCAGGGCCCGGAAAGUCUGUGGCUGAUCUGACCAAACUCUUCUCUGAUGAUGCAGAGCCUGCUGUUGUCAAGGUGUAUGAGGAUGCACCAUCUCCAGAGGGUAAUGAAAAUGAAAUCGCUGUAGGGGAGUCGAUGGUUUCGACACAAGCGGCGACAUCGUUCCCUGCGCCUGUCGAGAGUCAGUCCAGUGAUCUUAGCGAGGCAGAGGAGGAUCCGGAUGAAGAGAACGACCCCAUUGUCCAUUCUUUCGGCCCGUUCGGUGCUAACAUCUCCUCCCGCAUGGCUUCGUUCACCCACGGUGGCUCACCAGAGGUUCCCCGUGCACAAUACGAACAUGCUGCUUCUCCCAACCGUAGAGCUAGCUCCGAGUCCACAAGUCAGGCCGACCCUGUCCCGAUUGUCAAUCAUGUCGUCAAUCAGCUUGCCUUCUCACGCCUCUCGUCCACACCUCUUUCAGUCAUCAUGAACCAUCUCCCGGCAGAUCUCAAAGGUGGCAGUCCUACAGUGCAAGAAAACAAAGGAAUGACGAAUGACGAGUUGAGAAAGUUACUAAACGCUACCGCUUGUAUUGGCGAGAUUCAUCGUGAGGGAAAGGACGCAGCAGGCAAACCACUUGAGAGUGAGUUCUACUACGUGCCGGAAAAGGAUGAUGACGCGGAGCGAAGAGCUGCUGUCGUUGAUGGACUCCGAAAGCCGAGUCUCCGAAACUGCAGAAAGCAACACAAGCAAUACUACUGGAAGAAACCCAAAACCCCAUAAUGAGCACAACGCCUGAUGCCGCAACUGCUUUACGGUAGCCCCUUGUAUACGGCCUUGAUACCACACCACACAUUCUGUUGUCCAUACUCAGUCAUACCCAUUGCAUAGCGAGGCGUAUGAUGUUUAGUUUCCUUUCCUUUCGCGCCUGGUGGAUUCGUUGUCAUCGCGUUCAAGCUUGAAGCUUGAUGAAGCUCAAAUAGCUUGGGGAUGGCGUUGUUUAGUAGUGAACAGGAUAGGAUCUGAAAAAGAACUCUCUGCCA